CGGGUUGCGGCGCCGCCGUGAAGGCGCUUCACCGACAACAUGUCUCAUUUACCGAUGAAACUUUUACGCAGGAAGAUCGAGAAGCGGAACCUCAAAUUGCGACAGCGAAACCUAAAGCUCCAGGGGGCCUCAGCUGUGAGCUUGUCAGAAACUCAAAACGGAGAUGUGUCUGAAGGAACAGUGGGAGGUGGAAAAAUUAAAAGGUCCCUAAAACAGUCUGUGACUGUGGGCUUGUCAGAAACCCAAAAUGGAGACAUCUCUGAAGAAGCAGUAGUAGGUGGAAAAGUUAAAAAAUUCCUGAAACAGUCUACGAAUGCAGGCUGGUCAGAAGCCCAAAAUGGAGACUUACCUAAAGAAACAGUGGAAAAUGUAAAAGUUAAAAAAUCCUCCAAGAAAUCUACCACACUGACCAGUGGGGAAGCAGCAAUGCAGUCUCCCAAUUCAGAAUCAAAAAAGAAGAAGAAGAGGAAAAAGAGAAAAAUAGUGGAUGAUGCUGGGCCUGAUUCCAAAAAAGCAAAAACUGAAGACAAAGGAGACUCUGAAGAUGGUGCCCAGGCUCCUGAAGAAACAGAAAACAGUGUGGAGAAGCCAGACAAUGAGGACGAUGACAGCAUGGUGCCCAGCCUGCCCCUGGGACUGACAGGAGCUUUUGAGGAUACUUUGUUUGAUUCUCUGACUAAUCUUGUCAAUGAGAACACUCUGAAGGCAAUAAAAGAAAUGGGCUUUACAAACAUGACUGAAAUUCAGCAUAAAAGUAUCAGACCCCUUCUGGAAGGCAGGGAUCUUCUAGCAGCUGCAAAAACAGGCAGUGGCAAAACCCCGGCAUUUCUCAUUCCUGCAGUUGAACUCAUUGUUAAGUUAAAGUUCAUGCCCAGGAAUGGAACAGGAGUCCUUAUUCUCUCACCUACUAGGGAACUGGCCAUGCAGACUUUUGGUGUCCUUAAGGAGCUGAUGACACACCAUGUUCACACGUAUGGGUUAAUAAUGGGUGGCAGCAACAGAUCUGCUGAGGCACAGAAGCUUGCCAAUGGGAUCAACGUCAUUGUGGCCACACCAGGCCGUCUCCUGGACCAUAUGCAGAAUACCCCAGGGUUUAUGUAUAAAAACCUACAGUGUCUGGUCAUUGAUGAGGCUGAUCGUAUCUUGGAUGUUGGGUUUGAAGAAGAAUUAAAGCAAAUUAUUAAACUUCUGCCAACCCGCAGACAGACCAUGCUCUUUUCUGCCACACAAACUCGAAAAGUUGAAGACCUGGCAAGGAUUUCUCUGAAAAAGGAGCCCUUGUAUGUUGGUGUUGAUGACGAUAAAGCUCAUGCAACCGUGGACGGUCUUGAGCAGGGAUACGUUGUCUGUCCUUCCGAAAAGAGAUUCCUCCUCCUCUUUACAUUCCUUAAGAAGAACCGGAAGAAGAAACUGAUGGUCUUCUUUUCGUCCUGUAAGUCCGUGAAAUACCACUAUGAGUUGCUGAACUACAUCGAUUUGCCUGUCUUGGCCAUUCAUGGAAGGCAGAAACAAAACAAGCGUACGACCACGUUCUUCCAAUUCUGCAAUGCAGAUUCGGGGAUCUUGUUGUGUACAGACGUGGCAGCUAGAGGGCUGGACAUUCCUGAAGUGGACUGGAUUGUUCAGUAUGACCCUCCGGAUGACCCCAAGGAAUACAUUCAUCGUGUGGGCAGAACAGCCAGAGGCCUGAACGGCGGAGGGCAUGCCUUGCUCAUUUUGCGCCCUGAAGAAGUGGGUUUCGUUCGCUACUUGAAGCAAUCCAAGGUUCCUUUAAGUGAAUUUGAGUUUUCCUGGUCCAAAAUUUCUGACAUUCUGUCUCAGCUUGAAAAACUGAUUGAAAAGAACUACUUCCUUCAUAAGUCAGCCCAGGAAGCGUAUAAGUCAUACAUUCGAGCGUACGAUUCCCAUUCGCUGAAACAGAUCUUUAAUGUUAAUAACUUAAACUUGCCUCAGGUUGCUCUGUCGUUUGGUUUCAAGGUGCCUCCUUUUGUUGAUUUGAACGUGAACAGCAACGACGGCAAACUUAAAAAAAGGGGCGGCGGCGGUGGCUUCGGCUACCAGAAAGCCAGAAAAGUCGAGAAGUCCAAGAUCUUCAAGCACAUAAGCAGGAAACCAUCUGACGGCAGGCAGUUCUCUCACUGA